AUGAAGUCCUUCAACGAAAAGGCGAGCUACAUCAGCUCGUAUCCAAAACUAGUGAGCGGACCCCUAGUUAGUGACAUUGCCUCAGCCAUGAAACCCGUUUCCGACGUUGCCUUAUCCCCCAUUGUCGAUUCGUUCUGCUCCAGAAACAAUAAUAGCGAUUCCGUGAGCUUGAUGCAACCUCAGCUCCAUAGUAAUUCAAUUGAUAACAGUGUAGAUUUGGAGCUGGAAAGAAUAAAAAAGAUUGAAUUGAGCUACUUGACAUUAUUCAGGAAAAACUCCAAAUUCAAAAAUCAAGGCUUCUCUCAUUUUUUCCUGUGUCAAGAACUCAAUGUUAAUGAUAAUCCAGCUAAUCCAAUCAAAAUUCAAUCUAAUGCAAUUGGUUCAAAUAACUCAACCUUGUUAAUUGACGAUGGUAGCUCAUUCUCAAAUUCAAGUUUGAAAAAAGACUUUGCCAAUACAACAAUUGGCAAUAACAACACCGGUUCAAUUCUUUCAACAGAAUCGCCAGCAAUAUACAACUUGGUGUUUAGUCAUGAUGGUAAAUAUAUGGCAUCGGCAGGCGCCGAUGGCUUUAUAAAGAUUUGGGAGGUCAUUUCUUCCGAAAUGGACAGACAUGACCCAGGUUUUGUUGAGCCAAAUAAUCAUCAAGUACCAUCCAACUAUUUGACUGUGCCGAGUAGGCCACAUCGCAAAUCCUUUAUUGAUAAUUUUUUGGACGAUACAUUUAGUGAUGCAGCAUCAUCAAUGACCACUUUUGAUGUUCCGGGAGUACGCAAAUCCACAUCCAAGUCUAAGUCAAAAUCAAAGUCAAAAUCAAGAACGAGAAAUAGAGCCAGAUCGGACACAACGUAUUCUUUUGGAAGUAAUGAUAGUGAGGGCACUCAUUACGUAGAUGACUAUUCGACAUAUUCCAACCAAACUCAAAUCCAAUCAGAUAUAUAUGCUCCUGUCUUCAAACACCAACCUUAUAAAACAUUCUUUCACGAUAAAACUAUCAACUCUUUGGAUUGGUCCAAUAAUAAUUUCUUGUUGAGUUCAAGUGAUGACGGCACUGUCAAGUUAUGGCAUGUCGAUAGGGCGGAUUGUUUACAAACUUAUAACUUUGAUAGUGUUGUGACAUGUGCCAAAUUUCAUAAAUUGGAUGACCGCUUCUUUGUUGCCUCUCUUUGGAAUGGUAAAAUCUACCUGCUGUCAAUUUUGGAAAAGGAAAUUAUCUACCAAAUCAAUCUCCAGAAACAAGUUACUUGUCUAGAGUUCUCGCCAAAGUCAAACAUGCUUUUAGUUGGCUGCGACAAGGGAUACGUUAUUUUAUUGAAGAUCGACGGUGGCUUCAAAAUUGAGGAGGAAUACCAAAUAAAUAAAAAGAAAAAUAAAACGGGACCAAGAAUAACUGCUAUUUCAAUCAUUGACUGCUCUUUGAAGAACACCAAUAAAAAUAGUAUUUACAGGAACUCAAAAAAUGAUGAAUCCAACAAACCUGAAUCGGAAUCAAUGAGAAUUUUAAUCUCUUCUAAUGAUUCUAAAGUGAGACUGUAUGAGUUGUCAGGCUUGAAAAUGAAGUUUUCAGGUCUCUCUAACAGAUUCUCCAGCAUUGCAGCUUCGGCAAAUGAGGAUCUAACUUACAUUAUAAGUGGCUCUGAAGAUGGUUGGACUUAUCUAUGGGAAACUGGGAUAGACUCGACAAAUUCAGGUGGCACUAACGAUGCGAAAAAAAAGACUAACAAACUAUUCAGUAAGCAACAUUUCGACAUAUUUUCAUUCUUUAGAGAUGAGUCGGACUCAAUAGAAAACAAAAACUAUGGUUCUUUCCGCACAAAUUCUUCUAGGUGUAAUGUAUCGGUAUUUGCACCUAGAGCUUCACUAAAAUUAUUGGAAUUGAGCAAUGAUCCAAUUUUUGACUUGAAGCACAAAUAUUCCUUUAUUUUGAACGAGAUGCAUAUUAAAGAUUUGGAAGUUGAUGAUUUAUCAACGGCAGUUAUUAUCACUGCUGAUAACACCGGUAAAAUCAAAGUUUUCAGAAGAGAUUUUUCACGUUACAUUCGCAAAGCUUUGAAUUUUAAAAGUGCUUCACAAAUUGUUGAAAGAAGGCAAACAAUGAUGAACAGAACUGGUAGCGAGCAUAUUCUGAAUAAGAAUACACUUGUGAUACCAAACUAUCAGGCUAAUUCUGCCGGUAUAAAACACAUCAUGUCGUCAGUUUAUGAAAAUCCAGAAUUGGACAGAGGUCGCAGCGAUACUAAAGGCGUUAUUAAGCCAGCAAAUAAAUUUGCGGUUGAAUCAUCAGUUGUUGAUCAUAGUAAAGAAAAACUAAAUCUUACUGGAAUCAAUAUUGAAAAUGUAGGAGGGAAUGUCGUCGUUGAGAAUAAUGGGGUUUCAAAUCCAGAUGAUAUAAGUAACGAGAUCUUACACGAUAAAGAAAAUGCAGUUCUUGAUAGCAGUGACUUAUCUCCUAUCCACAUUUCAAACAGUAUUAAGGAUAUCGAUGAUGAGUUGAAGAAAAUAAUCGGUGACUCUGAACAGGGAAAAUUGGCGAAAGUAUCACAGCAUCAGCAUUCCAGCUCUACAGCUUCUGUCUACAAUGUUCCCGAUCACGAAAAUAUAACAAGUGGUACCUUAACUUGCUCAAAAUGUGGAUCCACUGAUUUCAAUUCUGCUCCCAUGGAUGCGGGUAACACUAACCACAUUCGUUUUUUUUGCAAAGACUGCGGUCAAGAGGUAAAUCUUAAGUAG